AUAUAAUUAAAAAAUGAAAAAAGAAUAGAAAUCUGAAAAGCCAUUACCUAAAUCAGAAAUGGAGGUGUUAAAAUAAUAUCAUCAAUUCGUAAGAGAUGAUGAUGAAGAUAUUGAUCCAAAACUAAGUACAAACGAUGAUUAUGGAAGAAUGAUAGCUAGAAAAUAUUACGAUAAACUAUAUAAAGAAUUUGCUAUAAUAGAUUUAUCUUAAUAUAAAACAGGAAAGUAUUUCUAAUUAAUAAUUUUAAGAAUUGGUAUGAGAUGGAGAACUGAACCAGAAGUAAUGAGUGGGAAAGGAGAAACUGUUUGUGGGAAUAAAGUGUGUACUAAAGAUAAAGAAUUGAGUACUUGGGAAUUGAAUUUUAAAUAUAAGGAAAAUUAGGAAAUUAAGAAUACAUUAGUAAAAGUGAAGUGUUGUAAUAUUUGCAGUGAGUAAUUAAAUUACAAAGUAUUAAAUUAUUUGUGUGCUUUUCAAAUAGAAACUUCAUAAAAAGGUAAAAGACUAUACAGAAGAGGAGAUAAGACAUAUGUUAGCUAAAUUAGAAGAGAGAAAGAAGAAACUUAAGUAAGAAGAUUCUUGAGUAAUUAAAAUUAUUAAUUAUAUUAAAAUGUAAUAAGAUAAUCAUGUUUAAGGUCAAUUAAGUCCAAAAUCAAUCGUUAGUUUGAGAAUGGAAUUCUUAGACAACUUUAAGAAUAAAAUACAAGGUAAACAAAUGAUUCCUGACAUUAUAUCUCGUCCCUUAUUAGAAGAUAUAAUCCCAUGUAGU